AUGAACCCUAGCGAAUCGCAUCGUGAACUUGCAAGGUUUUGGGGGAAAGGUCGUGCCCACAAUCACCCGCACCCACACCACACCGAGCUGGGGGGAUACCCCUGGUCCAACCGGGGCCGAUGCCGACCCCAUCGGGAUCCGGAACCCCGACACGACUUCGACCACCAGUCCUGUCAUGUCAGGCUCGGCUUCGGCUUCCCCAAUAGGCAUUCGGUUUCAACCACUUGA